GUGCGUGUGAGUGAGCUGUUGAUGAACGUGAAGGAGCAAUUUUAAACGCAGAGGAGGAGAAAGGAGGGAGAUUAGAAGGUGACCUUAGAAUCUAAAUUUGGAUUUCUUGUUUUUGUUUUUUCCCCCCUUUUUUUGUGUGUUUAUUCUUUUUUAGAGAGAGAAGAGAAAGGGGGCGGAGCAGAGAAGGCUAAGAGUGGUGCACAUGGGGAGAGGGCAACGAAGAGAGGAGGGAGAAGAAGGGGUCGUCAUGUCCACCGACUUCUUCUGGUCCUACACCGACGAGCCCCAUGCAUCGCGGCGGCGGGAGAUCCUCUCUAAGUACCCUCAGAUCAAGGAGCUAUUUGGUCCAGAUCACUGGGCUUUCCACAAGAUUACAGUGGUAGUUUUGCUUCAGCUUGGUACUGCUGCCUUACUACAAAAUGCUGGCUGGCUGAAGAUACUUCUGAUAUCCUACUUUUUUGGUUCAUUUCUCAACCACAAUCUCUUCUUGGCCAUCCAUGAGCUCAGCCACAAUCUUGCCUUCUCAACUCCAGUGUACAACCGGUGGCUGGGGAUUUUCGCUAACCUCCCUAUUGGCGUACCGAUGUCUGUGACUUUCCAAAAGUAUCACUUGGAGCACCAUAGAUUUCAAGGAGUAGACGGCAUUGAUAUGGAUGUCCCUAGCCUCACUGAAGGACGUGUUGUGACCAAUAUUUAUGCAAAAACCAUAUGGGUUUUUUUACAGCUCUUCUUUUAUGCCCUUCGUCCUCUGUUUCUUAAACCGAAACCUCCUGGUUGCUGGGAGUUCAUCAACUUCGCUGUUCAGAUAGCCCUUGACGUCUCCAUGGUUCAUUAUUUUGGCUGGAAAUCAUUUGCCUAUCUUAUUCUCUCUACAUUUGUUGGUGGCGGGAUGCAUCCAAUGGCUGGUCACUUCAUUUCUGAGCAUUAUGUCUUCAAACCGGACCAAGAGACAUAUUCAUACUAUGGUCCUCUGAAUUUUCUCACCUGGCAUGUGGGCUAUCACAACGAGCACCAUGAUUUUCCAAGGAUUCCCGGGAGCAAGCUUCAUAAGGUGAAGGAGAUAGCUCCAGAGUAUUAUGAGGGCUUAGCAUCAUAUAAAUCUUGGAGCCAGGUCAUUUACAUGUACAUUAUGGACAGAUCAGUUGGACCUUUUAGCCGAAUGAAGAGAAAACUUCAGAAGGCUGAAUAGGUGCUCCUCCCAUUCACAUUGUUUUUUUUUUUUUUUGGGAAGGUUUUACUUUUUGUAUCCCCUUCUUUUCUUUCUCCCUUGAAUUUUUCUAUGUAGACACUAUAUUUUGAUGGUGUGAUAAUUAUAUAUGUAAUAUUUUGAAGCCAUCAGGCUGUGCUGUUAUUUUUCAGCCUAAUAGCAAGUCAUUAUUUUU